GCUGCAGUGUCGGCCGUGUGCUGGUCAGAAGCUCCGCCCGUUCGAACCUCUCCAGCUCGCCGUUGUUGUCGUGCGCGCACUCCGGACCGAAUCCUACGCGCGUGCUGCUGACCGAAGACUGCACCGCCGUCUGCUGCUUACCCCGUGUCGCACCAGACCCCGAGCUGCCACAUUGCAUCUCCACGUUCGCUGCACGCGCAACUACCGCGGCGACGCUCAUGACACGCCGGCCCUGAGUUCAGCAUGGCGUCGUUGAUGGGGUGGUGGGCAGUUGGCGAGUUGCUCAAGCGAGAUGUAGUCGAUGCCGACCCCGAUGAACCAGAGGCGGGGCAGAAGGAGAUAUUCACAUCAUGGGCCCUGUCCAUCCUCAUCGUCCUGCUCAUAAUAGCCCUCUUCACGAGCUACACACUGCAGACGCGCAAGAUACAAGCAGUCCACGAGACUGUGCUGUCCAUAUUUGCUGGCAUGGUCGUAGGCCUCGUCCUUCGACUGACAGCUGUAGCAUCGGUUCGAGAUGCAGUCAGCUUCGACUACCAGAUGUUCUUCAACUUGCUGCUGCCACCCAUUAUUCUUUCGGCAGGCUACGAACUGCAUCAAGGCAACUUCUUUAGACACAUUGGAACUAUUCUUACCUUUGCUUUCGCCGGGACAUUCAUCUCGGCUGUCACUCUGGGAUGCAUCUUGUUCGUGUGGACCAGGAUCCCCCUCGAUGGCUUCAAGAUCAACUUUGUCGAGGCCAUGUCGGUUGGCGCCACCCUCUCAGCCACUGACCCCGUCACUAUCCUGGCCAUUUUCGAUACGUACAAAGUGGACCCGAAGUUGUACACCAUCAUCUUUGGCGAGUCCAUCUUGAACGAUGCCGUCGCCAUUGUUUUGUUUGAGACGGCGCAAAAGUACAAGGAUGGUGCUGAAUCACUAGGCAUCGUCAGUCUUUUCGAAGCCAUCGGCAUCUUCUUUGGCGUCUUCUUCGGAAGUCUGUUUAUUGGAGUCAUCCUGGGCAUUGUCGCGUCUCUGAUGCUCAAAUUCACUUACGUCAGACGCUUCCCGCGAACAGAGAGUUGUCUAAUCAUCCUCAUCGCCUACUUUACAUAUUUCUUUUCCAACGCCAUUCACAUGUCUGGCAUCGUCUCACUUCUGUUCUGCGGCAUCUGUAUGAAGCAUUACGCCUACCACAACAUGUCCCGACGCACUCAACUGUCGACAAAAUUCGUGUUCCAAACUACCGCCCAGCUGUCGGAGAAUUUCAUUUUCAUCUACUUGGGGUUGUCGCUGUUCACGGACGACAAGCUAACAUACAAGCCGCUAUUUAUCAUGAUUACCGUGGUCGGGAUAUGCGCAGCUCGCUGGGUCGCAGUGUUUCCCCUCUCCAAACUCAUCAACUCCGUCACGAGAUACCGCAUGCGACGCCGCGGACAAGAACCUGUCGACGAAAUCCCCUAUGCACACCAAGCCAUGAUCUACUGGGCGGGCUUGCGAGGUGCUGUAGGCGUUGCGCUUGCAGCAGGCCUGACGGGAAACAACGGCGACACGCUGCGAGCAACAGUUCUUGUCGUGGUCGUGUUGACUGUCAUCAUAUUCGGUGGCACCACAGCGCGCAUGCUAGAAAUCCUAGGCAUCCGCACCGGCGUAGUCGAGGAGAUUGACUCUGACGACGAAUUCGACAUCGAAGUAGUCAACGGCGGUACGUACACGCGCAACAAGGGCCAAGGUUUUGGCCACACACCGCAAGCCAGCCAAAACGGCUUCACCCUCAACAACGUCAACGGCCAAAACGGCACAUACUCAAGCGGCUCAACGGCCCGCAACAGCCCCCCAAUCCGCCCCAACGGCCAACCCAAGCGCCGCAACUCAAGUCGUUCACCCUACCCCGAUGGCGCAGACCAAGGCCUCCUCAGCCCCGGCGACAGCUUCUCCGCCGACGAAGACGACGCCGAUCUUGACCUCCCGCCCAGCGCACGCCGCUCGCCAAGCCACACCCCCGCAUCACUAGACCCAGAAGACCCAUCCCUAUACCCCACAUCAGGCCACAGAGCGCCGGAGGGUCCUGGGCGAGUAGCCACUGCUACCGCCGCCGUCUCGCAGCUCUUCUCCGAUAUCAGCCACGAUCCUGCGAAUGCGUUCAAGCAGAUUGACGACGGGUUCCUCAAGCCACAUUUACUACUUGAUCCUGGGAGAGGUGCGCCGGGGCCAAGCAAUGUUUGAGUAGGGAUGGAAGGGGUGUAUGGGUAUAUGGCAUUUGUGGCGUUUGGGGGGGUUUUCGUUGUGCCUGUUGUGGCAUGAUAUGGGACGGAUCG